AUGCUGAAUUCAAUUCACUUACCCUGUGUUCCAUCAGGCUUCGAGAGUUUGGCUUGGUCAACCGAUGGUGACCUUGCUGUGGCCGCCGGCGAGUAUGUUCAAAUUUUGACCCUCAAACGCCCAGAUGAAGACUCGUCGGGUCCACUCAAUAAAGAUGAGUGGAACAUCACUCGGCUUCGAGUCAAUCUUUUCACGCAGGCCGAGUGGCAGAACAUUCAGCCUCAGAAUCGAGAUGACUUCUCAGUUGGCGUGGAGCAGUCAACGAGCAAUGUUGUUGGUAUUGCAUGGUCUCCACCGGGGCUGGCUCGAUUUCGCCGGAGUGUGCUCGCUGUCUUGACAUCCAACCUGCUGUUAUCACUAUGGGAGUUCGCUGGUAUGCCAGGCCAGUGGAAUAGAGUUGCUGUCAUCAACCAUGCGUUUCAUUUGGAUCCUAAGGCACCUGAACCACUGAGUGGACUAGAGUUGCGCAGGUCAAACAUUCGGUCAUUUCACUGGUGUCCCCCUUUGCAUAUCCCGCCUCAAAAUCAAGGGCUGGCACGGGAAGCGGAAAGCCGAUGGGGCAUUCACCUUCUUAUGGUGACGAAUGAUGCGAACGAGGCUAUUCUGCUACGGGUUCGAAGAACUGCGCACGAAAAGGGGCUGUCUAUGCCAUACUCGGUGGAGAAAUUGGCUCUCCAUUCUUUGCAAGACGAGAAACAGCUUUAUCCCCAAGUCUGUUCAAGUUCCCUUCUUCGGAGAGCCAUGCAGAUAAAGGCCAGGGCCUUGUCGGCCUCAUGUGGGCCAUGGCUUGAAACGGCUCGGACUUCAGAUGAGGAUAUUUUCUCGGUCACUGCUAUGAUUGCCGUAACUCUCGGCUCCAAGCUACGAACAUUCAAGGCUGUGGUGACUUUGCAAGAGUCUGACCUAGGUCGAGGCGAAUUCACGAGUAUGCCAGUGCGCGCGAGACUUUCGGGUCACUCAACGAGCCCGAUGGUGUCUGAUUCCACGACUCGUCCAGUCAACGGUCCCAUUAGGUGGAUCUCUACCGUAAGUCAAAGGUCCACCCAUUUCAAGAAAGCAGUCCCUGAUCUUGUAUACCUCCAGACCUCGUCCACAACAAUCAUCUUGACUGCCGCGACAAAUGCCAGUCUCUUAACUAUACCCUUGCCCAGAGAUCUUUACCUCGACAAUCCUGCCAAUGAGGUCAAGCUUAACAUAGAAGAGCGGCUCUUUUCAAGCUUUGUCGAGGAGGAUGGGGAAAGACCUCACAGGUAUAUGAUGCCUACUGGCGAGACGGCGAAUAUUCACGUCGGGAAUGCUGGUGGUCUUGGAGCCACAUUCCAAGUCAACGGAGAGGAGAUCAGUCGCACCCCGCAGACUCCUUCAUGGAAUCAUUUUAUGCGAGACUCUCUCGAGCAAUUCGACCUGGAUCGUGACUUGGGAGGGCAGAGUAUUGCUCGAGUAUGGGGUCUAGCCUCCUUCAGGGAUGUGGUUGCGGUGCUUUUCUCUAGACAUCCCACAGACAUGAUCGAGUAUCGUGUGGCCUCCGACGAAAGAUCUACUAUUGCUUUCACUUCUGAAACUUCGAACCACUCUGACGACAUACACGCUCUCUUGGCUCCUAGUGCAUCGGCAACUCAAUCCUGGUCUCCGAAGGAUCAGCGUGAAGCAGUGAUUUCGUACGUGCUCUCCAGUUUAGAUUCAGAGGCGGAGAAUGAUCUAGAGACCCAGAGACUAGUCUAUGCGUCAGCCUGCUGCGCAAUUGUGGAUCAAGAGGGAAAGGCCAUUCGCGAACAUGCUCGUCUUUCCUUGGAAAAGCUGGCGGCACUCACGGGGGCCGACCUUAGUGAAGAGAUAGCCAAGUGCAACGCGGAGCCGGCCGCAGUAUCUGCUAAGACCACCGCGCAGCUUAAUGGCCCCGGCAUACAUUUGUUCGAACGAUGCGAGAUCUGUGACGCCGGUAUCUCAUGGACUUCGGCUGAUGAAGCGCAAUGUGACGACGGUCAUCUCCUUGGUUUGUUCCCCGGGCUUUUUCGAGAGCCUGGGCUAUCAAAAUACUGCUCCCUUUGUCAAGCAGAAUACAUCAACGAAGAGACGAUCGCUCAUAUCCAUGAAGGCAGCCUUAGCCCUCUAUUUAGAAGUAUCUUCGGGGCUUUCGACACAUGCCUUUAUUGCGGCGGCAAAUUUCAGGCCGGGCUGUAG